GGUUUGAUUGAUUAAGAUGGGAGAUCCAUCCUCGUCAACUGGUGAUCCUUCUUCUCUCCACUUCAUGUAAGAGCUUAGUUUCACUUUGUCCAGGCGAGAAACCUUAUACUUUGUUUUAUCUACUGGAAAAAUUCCUGUAGUGUUGAAAGCAGAAAUGAUAUUUUCAUUUGUCAAGCCUUCUUUCCAAAUGCUUCCAAUAGAUUACAAAAGGCAGAUUUUUGAAGCUUCUGGCCUCCACCAGUUCUAUGCACAAACUGUAAUGUACUGCUCAUAGUGAACCUUUAAGGAAUUGAAACAGCCAGCAUCUAGUGGCUGCAACACAUCUGUACAAUGGGCUGGCAACUUUAUUAAUGAUAUAAUUUGCUUCAUUGCAAAAUCAAUUGUAGCAGUUGACAAAAGAGUCAUAUGACCAUCAAAUGUCAACAAUAGUGGUCUUGCUACUACUGACUCAGCAAAUUUUCUGAACCAAUGAUCAAAUAUCUUUGUGGUCAUCCAACCACUGUAUCCAACCACUGUCACUUACACUAAAGUAAGUGUUUUCUAGAGCAUCUGCUCCUAACCAUGUCGAUUAAAGAUUCUUUCCCCUAAAAAUGAUGAGGAGGUCCAGUGAAGUACCAUCAGCACAGCACACAGCCAAGACUGUUGUAUUUUCCCUGUUUGAGCCAUUUGUAACUUGAAUACAUUUCUUGCCAAUCUCACCCACUUACUUACAUUUUGAGGGAUCAAAAAUUGGUAUAUGACAAAAGGAUUAGAGGUUACAUUCUUCCAGGCUAAUUGCAUCUGCCCUUCCUUCUUAAGGCUCAACUUAUGGCGCUUCAAGAAUGACCUUGUCCAGUCAUGACCUGGCAUAUUAUCCUUGAAACAUGUCUUUAAGUUUUUCAUAACAACAAAGUCUUGGACUAUUUGUCUGAGCUCUAUAAGUGUUGGACCAAAGCCUGAAAAAUCGAAAUCGAAAUGGAGUAUACUUACAGAGGGAGUUGCAAAGUUGGGGAGUUAGUGAGUUGCGAUGCAGCGAGUUGGAGAGUCGCAUCUACCAUCUUUUUUUUUUUUUUAAUUUACCGGUUUGCUGACAGAUCCGAAAAAAUAAGGCCAAUUCUAGCUUUGAGUAACCCGGGGUCCACAAUCUAGCGUAGAGCAGUUCAACCUCCUCCCCAAUGUCUUUUUUACUUAUUGUGGUCGCAAAUUGGUCAUGACAUAAUUGGUAAGAUCUGGAAAAAUAAAUAGCAUUGACAAAGCUCUGAUUCAUAUCACCCAGACAUACAAUCGCAUGUCUGAAUGAUUUGAAUCAGAGUAAGAUGUAAACUCCUGGGAAACAUAAACUGCAUAGCUAUUCCUGUUGCAAAUCUGCUGAAGUCGUAGAGAGCGUAAUUUGCAUCUCUUGCCCUCGUGUUUUUCCAUUUCGAUUGACUUCUUGAGGGGUUAAGACGUAGAGACCAAAACACAAUUUACACAUUGACUAAUCAAUAUGUCACUUUUUAUUGAUUUAACAAAUGAGGAGAACAAGGUAAGCUUGCUAUUGUCAGCCUAAUUAAACGAUAAGCUAAUGGGAUGUAUUUAGCCAAAAUUUUGAUAGGACGUUUUGAUGCAACAUACUAUUUUCCGGUUACAUUUAGAAUACCUUGAUCAUUUUGUCAGACGACGAAUCUUCAUCUGAUACCAUCGGCCGCCACAAAAAAAGACAAAAAUUGAAAAACAAAAUGACAACGUAGUUAAUGAUUGUAUGGAUAUAUCCAAUAGCUCAAUGGAAUCAUUUCUUGCCAAACCCGCAUUUGGGUGAGUUAAGAUGUUUCGUAUACAUCGUUAUUUACAAGAACUUAGUUUUCCGAAUUAGAUUGUGCAGAUACAAGCAGUAGUGACGUCGAUGAUGAUAUUCAAAUAAUAAGUUUGAUAAACAACAACAGAAAGCACAGUGCAACAUAUUUUGAUACUUCACCACAUCAUCCAAGAACCAGUACCCCAAGAUCUGAAAUACAAAAUUUCCAAAUUUGAAAGCCUACCAAGAUUUUAUCAAUAGACAAGAGAGUUUAUAUCCUGAGAUGCCUAUACAUGAAGUUGUACAUAAAGUUGAGAAGGAGAAUAUAGAUACAUGUGACAGGGCUAUGGUAGACAGUUUCAAAAUUGGAAACAAGGUAUACCUACCAAUUGAAAUUUGGGAUGACAUACCAAUCAAUGAUGUCCAAUUUCUGCCACAUAACAUCGAUGGCAAGAAAAUAUUCUAUUUACCAUUCAACCCUUUGGAUAGAAUGGCCUCCACAAUUGACGGACGACCAUGGCAGAAAUAUGUUGUUUCUAAAAGAAAAGAUUUUCAUGGCUUAAGACGAUUAGCCAAAUGCAAAGGCAGUUACAAAUGUUUGAACAACAACUGCAGUUAUUUAAAAGAAUUCAACGAAAGUAAUAGACAUCACUUUAAGGGUAUUAAAUGUGUCCAUUGUAAACUAGAAGGGGAAUUGGUUGCCUGUGAAGCAAGGAAAAUAUGGGAGUUCUAUGAUAACAACAAAGUUAGGGUCUACCAUUAUGGUAAUCACUCGUGUGUUUGCAAGCCUCUCCUGGAUACAGCAAGAACAAAUAACAUCAUUGAUCAAUUCAAUGACAAUCCCAAAUUAAAACCAUGUCAACUAGCAAGCACAGUUUUAUGUAAAGCAAUGACAGAAGGGGAGUGGGACAAAUUGGAUGAAAUAUCUAUGUCCUUGGUAGAUGUUCAAAAAACCAACAACUUAAAGAAGAAAGCAAUGAAAGAAAUACAGCCUUAUGGACACUCCAUAGCUGUAUCAAUUCUCAAAACAGCUAGAGACAAAAGGGACAAGUUCUUGAUAUAUCAACUAAAUGAUCGGAAAUUCAAUGGUGAACCAACCUUUGUAUUUAAAACAAGUGAAUUCAAGUUAAAAUUGAUCAAAGAUAUGGACCGUUUUGGAGAUAAAGUUUUAUCAACUGAGUAUGCACACAUUGAUGGGAAAGAGAACAGAUGUUUACACUUCACAACCCUUGUUCUCAGCGUAUACCAUCCUUUCUUACGUAAACAAAUCCCAUUUGCAAUAAUGGAGUGCGAAGGCGAGUCAACAACAGCAGUCAAAAUUUUUUGGCAAUUAGUGGAUAAAGCAUUGUCAGAAAUUCAACAAGCCAGAAAAGUUCAACCCUUGUGGUUUAAUAAGUGAUGAAGCUGGAGCAUUUUGGAAAGCCGCAUCUGAAACCUUCCACCCAGAUAUUGUGGCCAACGGUGUCAGUUGUGAAUUUCACUUCAAGGAAAAUGUAAACAGACACUUAAAGGCACUAGCUGAUUCCAUCUGGCAAAUCUGAACGAAAUAUGUAAGCACAUCGUUUGGAUAUUGCUUAACAUCUAUGGUUGUUUACCCAACAACAUUAUCCUGCAUCAACGAAGAUACACCUCUCAAGAAUUGGAAUUCCUGCAAGAAAAUGAAAUAAAACAAGUCCCUGAAAGUAUUAAGUAUCAGAAUGCAAACAAAGACGUAAAUGUAAGUGGCCCAAAAACAACUAGCAAAAUGGAAGAAAUAUUUCAGAAGCAUCCAGCCAACAAAACGAAACAAGACUGGAAAAUUACGAAGCUUAAAAAGCAGAAA